AUGGCACCUAAACGCAAAUCUACUCCAUCCUGGAACCCUCUUCAUUUCGGGGCAUCUUCUUCUUUUUCUCUCUCUUAUACUAUUCCAUCACACGUCCGGUUCCAUGAUGAUAAAGCCCAUAAGGACAUUUUGGAGAACUUCUCACAACGAGGCAUUCAUUCAAAACACCAAGUCGUUUUGUCAAACUUUUCCGACACUGACCUACCCAUUGUCAUUCACAGUAGGGGUUGGGAGUCACUGUGUGGCAUCUCAGUUACUUGCCCCUCUGUGAUCAUACAGGAGUUCUACUCCAACAUGCAUAGAUUCGACUAUUUAGUACCUCUUUUUAUCGCUAACGUUCGAGGUACGCACAUUGUAGUCACUUCGGAUAUUGUAUCCAAGGCUCGCCUUUGUGGAUUCGUAGAGUCUCCCUCUCCUUCUCUGAACGCACCUGAGGACGAGGACAAUGAUAGUGACUCUGACGACGAUGAUGAUGAUGAUGAGAAUGAGGAUGCUAGCUCUUCCGGUGAUGAUGAGAUGACUGCUUGA